CACAAAUCGUCGCCCUGCAAACUAGGAAUUUCACGGAAAUGUGUCUGGCGCGUGUUAUGGACGAGUCUUCUUGAAACUUUUAUAAUUAAACUUAAUUUAAAUUAAUACACGUUUUGUCAAAUACUGAAAAAUGGCUGCGCCAGCAGAUUUCAUAAUGGUCCGAUUGCAAACAUAUUUGAAUCUGCCACUUGUCCAGAGGUGCAGAGAAAUUGCUGUACUGAUAGAUGAAUCCAGUACGACAGAUCUCCAACAUGUUUUUCCCAUGCUAGUCGAUUCGUUGUUUGGUGUCACAGACAAUGUAGGAUGGGGGCUGCAUUCAAUCAAUUUAAAGAGACAUCAACCAGAAUAUGAAAUGCUGUGUGCAUUUUUGGGUCCACAAGGUCCAAUGUUCUCUCUGUGCUAUAAACUCCUGCCGGACUGUUAUUUGAAGUACAAGUUUCCUCUUUCGUAUUUACCGUCAAAGAUACGGCUAAUGUUAGAGGAUGGUGUAAUUCCACCAUUUUAUUCCGAUAAAAUAAGAGUCGACCAAGCUACGCGUCUUCCCAGUGCUUUGUUCAUGAAUCCCUUCGAGUAUUAUAUCUUUUAUUUUGCUCAUCACUUGACCAAUCCAUGGCUCCAACUUCAUCAAGAAGAUAACGUAUGGGCGAAUUGGGAGACAAUAUAUGUACAACUCGCGCAUACAUAUCUUGACCAUUUUCUACCCAGAGAUAAUUCACCUGUCCAACCAAUUAUUGGACCAUACGUUAAAACUCCACCAAGAAAAUUGAUGCAAUCUCCGGACUCUAAAAGGCUGCAGACUCCAAGACUUUUAAGAACAUCUAUAUUAUCACCAGGACUCACAAGUCCAAUGGCGGGAGUACCGCAGCAACAAUGUUUGCCACAAGUAUGGAGAAGCGAAACAGUUGUUCAAGUAUUUCUGGAUUUUUGGUUGGAAUAUACCGAAGAACAAGAGAUGUCGCACUAUCAUGCCACACAUAUUCCAGGCACGAUACCUUAUAGGCACAGUAUUCAUUCUGGUGAACACAUUCGGUUGGUACGAGGAUUCAUAAAAACCUUACACGAAUUUGCCAACAGUGCAACUGGAGAUACAAGUGCAAUGGAUGAAUUGAAAAGAGUCAUACUUCCGUCAGUACAAGGAAAAAUAUACAUAUUCCUACGCAAAGCGAUUCAUCAUUGGCCUUUGGACAGCUCUUUUAGACUGAUUCUCGAGGCUUGGCUGAGCUUCAUCCAACCAUGGAGAUAUGUUCCCGGCCCAAGUUACAUCAGCGUUCGAAACGUUCAAGAAGAAGAGAGAGGAAAAAUUAUUGAUGAAACGAGGUGGCUUUCCUUUGUUGCGAAUAAUCUCCUGGCAUACACAGCAAUCUAUCAACAGCUCCAACCGCGUUUUAUGAGAACGGAUCUUGUUGCCCCUAAGAAUGCUCUAAUGCUAUUUAGAGUGACAAAGGUACUUGCCCAGCCCAAAUUAGCAAGAAUGUUAUUUGAAGUAGAAGCGUCUAUCGAUGACGCCAGACUGACCAGGGGAAAAGUUUCAACAAACCAAUGGUCAACAGCAAUACGUCAACAGAUGCUAGAAUUAGAAGGGCCCACUUAUCAAUACGUGCCUAUGUUUUCACCAGCUACCGUUUCUCAGGUUCUUCAAUUCUUAAGUACGAUCAAACAAGCACACUUAACAGCAACAAGUUUAGUAGAUGCUUUAGAAAAAAGAAGAACGAGUAGAAGAUUCAUAUUAAUGGUGUGGGAAUUUUUCUAUGGGGAUGACUAUUCAUCCGACGAUAUUAGUUUGGAGGAAAGGCGAAGAGUACCAGGAUUUCUUGCGAACGCUCAACAGCAGCUUAUGGACAUAUUUCAAAUAAAACCUGAAGACAUUCCCAAACUUGCUAUAGCACCUGAUCAAGAGUAUCGUGAUAGCAUAUUGUCAACUUCGAUCUGCAAUCAGUCACAGAUGGAUUUGAGUUUAGACUCCAGUAGACCAGGCGUUUAUAUGCAAAUCCAAGAGCGGAGACAAAAUUGCAGAUAUAUCGAGUAUAUGGGAGACCCUGAAUUACAACCUGUAAGAACCCACGAAUGUGCAUUUCUGGUCAGAUUAUUCUUUCAAUUGUGUAACUACAUCAACACGAAGUAUCAACAGGAGCUGAACGCCGCUUACAACAGAAGAGAUAUCAUUGGUCGUUUGACGAGGCGAUUAUUACAACCGCCAACGGUGGUCAAGCGCUUGCCAAAAAAAUCAGUUGCUGGAUUUUCAUCUUGCGAAGAAAUACACAUUCAUCCUCGACUGAGCCUUCGAGCUGUCGCUAGUCACAGUUUUCUGUCAUUCGCUUGCCUAGGAAUGUUCAUAUCAUGGAUCUUCGGGUACGGAGUAACAGCAUUUCCUUUCUUGGCAUUCUGUAUUUGGAUAAUGUCUGUGCUGGCAAUUGCAGCAGUCGAACCGUGGUUGGGUUUUGGGAGUCAUCGUAUACGGCCGGAAGAAUCAUCUUUUUUACAUUAAUUGACGAAAAAAACACUCUUUAUAACUCUGAACAACGUAUAAUUACUAUGAAUAGCUUGAUUGGUGUUGUACUCUAUUAAACAGUUUAUGUUGUGAAAUACAUCAAUCUUUUACAAAAAUGAAGAUUUCAUACUAAAGCAAUGUGUAUUAUUUACAGCCAUAAUUGUAAUAAUUAAUCUCCCAAAAUUGUCAUCCAAAAUAAGGGUAGC